AUGACGACCCUCAACCAGUUCGAUCUCCUUGGGGACAUCGACAACGAUGACCCCUCGCAUCUUCUUGCUGCGGCGGCGGCCGCGGCGGCAAAGAAGGCCCUGGCGAAUAAGACGGAGGCAGCGCCUGCUGGAAAGGCGGGCCAGACUGUGGCUGCGGCCAAGUUGCCGACCAAACCCGCUCCCCUGGCACAGGCUGCGAGGGAUGCAAGGAGCGGAGGCCCGCCAUCACGUGGAGGAUUUGGCCGUGGUGAACCUGGCCGCGGCAGAGGCGGCGACCGAUAUGGCCAGAACCGUGACUUUGGCGGUGAGAACACGAAUGGCUACCUGGGAGGUUAUGGUGGGGUAGGUUCUGGAGAUGGCGCUGUAACUGGAGGCGGGGAUGGGGAGAGAGGGCCUCGACCAUACCGUGGAGGCGGAGGUAGACGUGGUGGUUACCGCAGCGAUGAGUUUGGUGACGACUCUGAGAGACCACCUCAGAGAAACUAUGAGCGCCACAGCGGGACUGGUCGUGGCCAAGGGAUGAAACGUGAUGGUGCAGGCCGUGGGAACUGGGGAUCUUCCACUGAUGAAGGUCUUGCACAGGAAACUAAUGAAGCUCUUAAAAUUGAGGACAAUGCUCCCAUCGCUGAGAAGCAGGGUGAGCAGGAUGAUGCUCCUUCAACAGCAGUGGAGAACAAAGACCACAAGGAUGGUGCUGCAAAGGAGGAGGAAGAGAAUGAAGAGGAUAAGGUAAAGGCUGCACCAAGAUGCAAUUUAUGUGCAGAGAUUGCACUUUUUAUUUAGGUUUGUAGAAGUCAAAUGUUUUGUAGUGGGGGUGGUUUACUAGUAGGCAGGCUUGAUAUGUUCCUAUUUUUGAUGUUUUACUUGUAGUGGGGGUGGUUUACUAGUAGUCAAA